UUGGUUUAACACCCAAAACCUCCCUAGAGUUCUAGGGUCAAAAACCCAAAAUAAAAUGACUAGGAACAAGGUGAAGCUUGAGUUCAUUACCAAUGACUCAGCAAGGAAGGCAACCUUUAAUAAGAGGAAGAAGGGGUUGUUUAAGAAGGUAAGCGAGUUAACCACCUUAUGUGGGGUGGAUGCUUGUGCCAUCAUUUAUAGUCCAUAUGCUCCGAGUGCUGAGGUCUGGCCAAGCCAAGCUGGAGCACAUAGUGUGCUCAAGAGAUUCAAGAAUCUUUCUCAGGACGAUCAAGGGAAGAAGAUGCUUGAUCAGGAGAAAUACCUGAAGCAAAGGAUCGCGAAAGCAGAACAACUGUUGGAGAAGCUGAAGAAAAAUAACAGGGAGAAGGAGAUUAACAACAUCAUGUAUGAGUGUCUUAAUGGGACAAGGAACCUUGAAGGGCUGAAUUUGGAGGAUACCAUGGAUCUUUGUAUGCUGGCUCGUAAGACUUCAAAGGAGAUUAAUGAGAGGAUUGUUAGCCUUGAGAAGAAUGCAGGAGAUAAUUGAUUUGCAUGCUUGCUUUUCAAAUUAAUCACUUCUAUGAAUAAAUGUGCUCCUAUUAUUGUUGCUUCUAAUGAAAGAUCUAAAUUAAUCAGUUACAACUCACAACUUGUUUGUGUGAUGUGAUUUUUAUAUAGUUGUUCACAUCAAGUAUUAAUUCAACCACAAACUAUAAUGAA